GCUUAAGACAUUCUAAAAGAGCUCUGAUUGGUUGCCACGGGCAACAAAGAGAGGUUUACUAUUAGAAGGUUUUGCUACGAGGCCCACAUGAGUGUAUAGGGGAGAAGCUUUCUACCACAAGGGGACAAGAGAACUGGAAGGUCCUCAUAAAGGCACAGCUGACCUCCUGUCAUCCACGGCUCUUGCUCUCAUUUCAUUGCCUGGCAGGACUGUGAUAUCACAUAUAUUUGGUCUUCUUCUUCUUGGAGGAUAUUGCCUAUUUCUCUAACUUCUUUUUAUAACAGGCCAAUUUUGUCAUUGCAAUCUGGACUGGGAAAAGUUUAGAAAAUAUACUGACGGACAGGUUAUUUUGCUUUCAAUAACUUCUGGUGACAUGGCUUAAAGCUGAAAAUAACCAUUUACAGUGGAAGCAAACCAUAGGAUUCACUGUGAAAUAAUAGAAUGGCACUGUUAGAGUUUAAAGAUGCUUUCUGGUGUACAGAUUUGCUUCUGAAUACAGGAUAUGAAGUUAUUCUUCAGAGAUUACUGGAUGGGAGGAAGUUCUGUAAGGAUGUGGAGGACCUUCUAAAACAAAGGGCGAUUGCAGAAGAAAAAUAUGGAAAAGAAUUAGUUCAAAUAGCAAAAAAGGCCUCGGGACUAACAGAAAUCAACUACAAGGUACCGCUAUUCUUGGUCAGGAUAUCUUCUGCACGACCAAUCCUGCUGCAAGAAAGAGAUAAGACACAGGAUAGCAAACUACGUGAAUCCUUUGAUACUUUAAAACAACAAAUAGAAAGCAUUGGAAAUUCCCAUAUCCAACUUGCAACAACAUUAAGAGAAGAGAUUCAUAGUUUGGAAGAGUUCAGAGAGAGGCAAAAGCAGCUAAGGAAAAAGUACGAAAAUGCUAUGGAGCGACUCCAGAAGAAUAAAGUGACCCUGUACAAGAAGACAAUGGAGCUUUUUAUUCAACUUAACUUGUCAACAUUUCCCAUAACGCAUGGGCCAGAGGAAGCGCCUCAGUGCGUGAAACCGGUUGCCACUCCUUUGUCACGCCCCCCGCCUCACCUGUUCCAUCCAUGCUCCCUGUAUGUCUGUCUGCUCUGUUUCAAUGGCUCAAGUCUGGAAUUAAAGCUCAAGUUUGUUGCUGAACCUCUGGCCGUGUCAAAGAAGAACUAUGAACAAAAGUGCAGAGAGGCGGAGGAAGCUCAACUAAGCUUUGAACGUGUGGCUAUAGCCGGAAAUACUAAACAAGUAGAAAAGAUCCAGAACAAAGUGAAACAAAGUAAAGAAGCAGUUCAUGAUGCAGACCAAUAUUACCAGCAGAAUAUUACUUUACUGGAAAAAGCUCGACUAGAAUGGGACACAGAACAUGUUAACACCUGUGAGGCAUUUGAGCAACAAGAGAAAGACCGGAUCAGUAUACUGCGCAACUCCCUCUGGGUUCAUUCCAACCAGUUUUCCAUGCAAUGUGUAAAGGAUGAUGAGAUGCUGGAAGUUGUCAGAGAGAGCCUGGAACAAUGUGAUGUGGAAGCAGAAAUGAAUCUCUUUGUUCAGGCCAAAACCACAGGAAGGAUCCCACCUGGACCUGUGUUGUAUGAGAGUUAUCGUAAUGGAAUCCUUCCAGGAAGCAGUAAUGGAAUUAGCUCACAUUCCAACAGCAAUAAUGUGAUAAAAAAAAUUUCUAACCUCUUGCAUGGUUGUGGUGGAAGUACCAAGAACUUAUCAGAACAGGACAGCAGUCAGCCCACAGUGACUGGGGAUUCAGAAUAUGCCAGUAUACACAUAGUGCCAAAGAAAGACCCCAAUGAUCUGGACACAGGAUCCCAAAACUACACUGUGAUGUAUGAUUAUGCUGCCCAGAGCUCUGAGGAGCUGGAUAUCAGUGCUGGAGAUAUGAUACGGGUGAUAGAAGAAGCAGAAGAUGGUUGGUGGACUGCGGAGAAAGAUGGACAAAUCGGUCUUGUGCCUGGGUCUUACCUUAGCAAGCUCUGAGAGACAGAACAAUUCCAGAUACAGAUGAUGUAAUAGUUAGACACAUGUUCCAGUGCGCAGAUAGGUUAUUCUUUGUAAUUAAAACCAAUAUUUUGUGCACAGGCAGAUGUCAGUUAAUGUAAAUGUCUUCACUGCAAAUAAGUGAAUCUGUUCUGUAUUGUACAAAAACUGUGUAACUAUCAUGAAAUGCUUAACAGACGAUCAAUCAAAUGCAUUUAACAAACCACAAGGUGACACGUGUAGUACAUCAGAAGCUACAUUGUGUUAACUGAAAAUAGUACACUGGCUGAUAUAUAGCCCAAAAAAUAUCUGCACUUAAAAUCAAGUUUCUGUUAUACAUAUUUAAAAAUGUUGGUGUUCUUUUUAAAAUGUUUUAUGCCAUUAUCUGUUAAAAAAAUAUGGAAAUGAUGCAGUUUUCACACUGUGCACUGAACCUUGUGAUAAGUUGACACCUCCUAUUCUGUAGAGAUCACAAAUCAAUUUAAAACUUUAAAUCAAGAUAAUUAGAACCCAAACAAGUCAACAACUCAUAAAAGCACACAUUUCCUCCACAAAUCGCCACAAUAGUCUUGGUCACUAGAUGUUUCACUUCUCUCACUCUUCCUGUUCACUGGCUGUAGUAACAGCUUUUAGUAACAGGGAAAACAGAACAAAGCAAAUAGGGUGGGGCUUAGCUACUGCUAUGUGCAGGAGAGAGCACCUAGGCUGUGCACCUACAAUCUGUUAGCCUGUGUGCUUCAUCUAAAUGAUCCACAUUGUAUAUGAAAGGUGAAUUAAGAUUUCUCACUCAUCUCUGAUCACCCAUAAAGUUCUGGACAACUGCCUUUAGCUUGUCAUCAUUAUCAUAAACAGCAGCAGCAAAGUGAUUAGUUUAACCUCUUCCUUGCUGUUUAAUUUCCGUUCACAUAACACCUUGCAAAGCCAGUGUAUCAGUAACCCAUACUCUCUUCAUGUGCCAUCUAUAGUACUGGACUAAUUCAUCAGUCAUCAGUAAACUCUGGGUUAUAGUGUGGGUGACCUGGA